AUGUCAACUGAAUCGAUUUUCCUCAAAAAAACCGUAUCUGUAUCACCAUUGGUUUUGUUAUCAGUGGUCGACCAUUAUAAUAGAGUGUCGAAAGAUAGUAAGAAAAGAGUAGUGGGAGUGAUAUUGGGAGAUAACUCAGGUGAUGUUAUUACCGUAACCAACUCAUUCGCUAUACCUUUCGAAGAAGAUGAGAAGAAUUCAAGUGUAUGGUUCUUAGAUCAUAAUUUUAUUGAAUCCAUGAGUGAAAUGUACAAAAAGAUCAAUGCCAAAGAAAAAUUAAUCGGAUGGUAUCAUUCAGGUCCUAAAUUGAAAUCUUCUGAUUUAAAAAUUAAUGAAAUCUUCAAGAAAUAUACCAGUAAUCCAGUUUUAUUGAUCGUUGAUGUUCAACCAAAAAUUGUAGGUAUACCAACUGAUGCUUACUUUGCUGUUGAUGAUAUUAAAAAUGAUGGUUCUGCAGCUGAAAAGACCUUCAUUCAUGUUCCUUCAAUCAUUGAAGCUGAAGAAGCUGAAGAAAUUGGGGUUGAACAUUUAUUAAGGGAUAUUAAAGAUAAUGCAGCUGGUACUUUAUCUAUUAGAAUCACCCAAACUUAUAGAUCAUUAUUAGGAUUACAUUCAAAAUUAAGUGAUAUUUCUAACUAUUUAGAAAAAAUCUACAAUAAGUCACUACCAAUCAAUCACACCAUUUUAGGUAAAUUACAAAAUGUCUUCAAUUUAUUACCUAAUUUAAACAAUGAAAUAUUACAUAACGAUUCUUCAGAUCCGUCGUCAACUAAUUCUUUAGCCAAUGCUUUUACUGUCAAGACUAAUGAUCAAUUAAUGAUGGUUUAUAUUAGUACUUUGGUUAGAUCCAUCAUUGCCUUCCAUGAUUUAAUUGACAAUAAGUUGGAUAACAAAAAAUUAAAUGAAAAAGAAGAAAUAAAUUAA